CUUUGUCAUUUCAGCUAAUCGAACGCUUUAAUGGGCGAUUACCUGGCUACAUAGGCUAUGGAAAUGACAAAUGUUCGUUUAGUCAUGUUGAUGAUGUGGUGGAGGGUCACAUUGCAGCAAUGAAGAAAGGUCGGCCAGGUGAAAGAUACCUACUUACAGGAGAAAAUGCAUCGUUCAUGCAUGUUUUUGACAUGGCUGCUGUAAUCACUGGAACAUCAAAGCCUACAUUUCGCAUCCCCCUUGGAGUAAUUGAAGUUUAUGGAUGGUUGUCUGUUCUGAUCUCUCGGAUUACUGGAAAACUUCCUCUCAUUAGCCCCCCGGCUGUACAUGUUUUCAGACACCAGUGGGCAUAUUCCUGUGAGAAGGCCAAGCUGGAGCUGGGUUAUAAACCUAGAAGCUUGAGGGAGGGACUAGAAGAGGUACUCCCCUGGUUAAAGAGCUUGGGUCUUAUAAACUACUGAAAGGGAAAUCAUGCUUGUUCUUCAAGUUGUUACAUCACUGUAUAUUUUAGCCGGUAACAAUGUCUAUGCUUAAUUAUCUCACUUAGUAGUAGUGGGUAAUGAAUAAUGUUUCCUCUUUAGUCUUUCCAAUGCUCAUCUUGCAAGUUACAAUCAUGCUUUAUCUGGUUAUUAGGAGCUAUGAAUAUCUGAAAUGUAAUUUUUUACUAACUAAAAAAUCUAUGCACUUGCAUCUGCAGGUUUAGCUGUAUUGAUUAACGUGUAUCAAACUCUUAGUAAAUGAUAGAGUUCUAC